AUGCCGGUCAAGACAGUGGGCUAUAUCGGUCUCGGCAAGGCUGGAGCCUCGAUGGCGUCCAAUCUGCCACGCGCGGGAUUUCGUCUGGUCGUCCGUGACGCUGAUCCAGAGAGGGAGCAGAAGUUUGCCCAGGAGAACCCCAACACGUCUGUGGCUGAAAAGGGCGCCGAGGGAUUCAAGGACUGUGAUGUGAUCGUGACGAUGCUGCCACAGGGCAAGGUGGUCCGGGAGGUGAUUUUGGGCGAGGAUGGGAUCGCAAAGGGCCUGAAGCCUGGAGCAAUAAUCGUGGACACGUCGUCGUCUUCGCCGUUCGACACCCAGAGCCUGGGCAAAGACCUCGAAGCACAGGGGUUCGUCCUGGUCGAUUCUCCCGUCACACAGGCACACCUGCACGACACCGACACGGGAGACGCCACGCUGAUGGUGGGCGCCAACUCGCAAGAAGCGGUGGACAAGGUUCUCCCGGUCCUGCAGGCGAUGGCCAAGUACGUCUUCCACAUGGGCAAGCUCGGGUCCGGCCACGUGAUGAAGACGUUGAACAACUACAUCAGCGCGGCGUCGAUCGUGGCGCUCUCGGAUGCGCUGGUGACGGGCCAGAAGUUCGGGCUGGAUCCCGUGCAGAUGAUCGACGUGCUGAACGUCGGCACGGGGCGCAACUUCUCCACGACCGACAGCUACAAGACCGACGCGCUGCCCCGGCGCUACGCCUCGGGCUUCCAGCUGGCUCUGCUGAUCAAAGACGUGGGCAUCGCCAAGGAGGUGUUUGAGAACAUGCACUUCGACACCGACAUGCCCGAGCUGAUCAUCCGCUAUUUCAAGGAGUCCAUGGCCAUGCUGGAGCCGACGGCCGACCACACAGAGCUGCUCAAGGGAUGGGAGAAGCGGGCCGGGGUGGAAUUGAAGACGGGCACACCUGACGGGUCUAGUGUGACGGCACUGAAGAAGUGA